AUGUUACGCGGACAAGAGUCACCACUUUGGUGCAGUGCCGCUGUUGCGCAGAAUCAAAGCAAAGACUACGACAAUUACCCGUAUCCGACAGCAAAUGACCGAGAAACAUUGAGUGGACAACCAACACCACCAUAUCGAACCGAUACCUCACCAGGACAGUUGAGCGCCUAUUCACAGAUCACUUAUCAGACUCAAAAUCAGAGCCCCGAGCUGCAAAUGUUGGAGACGGUGAAGCCUGGACAGUUGGUGAUGCAACAAACGCUAAAAGAAGUCGAUUUCACAUGGGAUGCACCGAUGCCGGAUGAUGCUUUAAACUAUGUGCCGAAGCCGACAAGCGAACUUCAACCCCGAUCUCGACACAAUACACUCACACUCAAUCAACAGGACUCAUUUGACUCGAACAAUAGCGAGGAAGAGUUUUUCAAUCAGCCGACGCACGAUCGUCGCGCUGUUUCUUUCGGUGGAACGUCACAGUUCGCUCGUCGCUUCAAUCGUCACAACACUUAUAACCCAAAUUUGCUCGUCGUUCGCUCACAGUCGGGAAGGUUUGGGCUU